AUGUCUGAGCGCAAAGUGCUGACCAAAUACUACCCGGCGGAUUUUGACCCGAGCGUGCUUGAACGGCGCUCUCGCAAGCCGAAGAAUGCUGGUCCGGCAGUUCAGGUCGUGCGUCUGAUGGCACCGAUGAGCAUGCGAUGCACCCGUUGCGGCGAGUAUAUCUACAAAGGUCGCAAGUUUAACGCGCGCAAGGAGACGCCCGAGGAUCUCAAGUACCUCGGCGUGCAGAUGUACCGAUUCUACAUCCGCUGCACGCGGUGCAGCGCCGAGAUCAUCUUCCGGUCGGACCCGAAGAACCAGGACUACGCUGUGGUGUCGGGAGCGAAACGCAACGUCGAGCCGUGGCGCCAGGCGAUCGAGGAGUCGGACGAGCAGCGGCUAGACCGACUCGAGGCCGAGGAGGCCGAGGCCAACGGCGAGGCUGUCUCGGAGCAGAGCCGCAUGGAGGAGCUCGAGGCCAAGACGCUCGAGGCCAAGCGUGAGAUGGACGUGGCCGACGCUCUCGACGAGAUCCGCACGCGUAACGCUCGCAUAGCCCGCGCCGACCACCGCGACCAUCUCGAGGCCGUCGCGCUGGCCCGGCCGUCGGACGAGGAGGAGCGGCUACGCCAGCAGGACCGCGAGGACGAAGAGGCUGCCCGGAAGGCGUUUGCAGCAGCUGCUGCUGCUACCACAUGGCAGCCCGAUGCGAUUGAGAUUGUGGACGACGAUAUGAUGGACGACAACGUUGAGCGCAAGAUCCGGCCGAACGACCCCUUGGCUCGGGUGCAGGCCGCCAUCCAAAGGCUCAACAACGAGGACAGUUUCGGCGAGAGCAGCUCUGGCGCGUCCUCGCCGUCGACCAUAGCAUCGCCAAGGAUGGAUGCGGCUGCUUCGACCGUGCCCAGCUUCAAGCGGCAGGUCAAGAAGAAGAAAAACCACGCCGCGUUGCUCGGCAUUAAGAAGAAGCCGUCUCUGGUGUGA